AUUUCUCACAGAGGAUCUGCAGAAUAAUGGAGUCACAUCAUGCAGCAGAUUUAAGUGUUUUCAGCAGAGCUUUCAGCCCAGCAGACAUCAGGCUGGAGCUCAUUUAAACCGGGGAUCUGUAAUUUACUGUACAGUUUCCUGUUUUUUUUAAUUCACAGCACAAGGACUUCUUUCAUAUAUUCUUCUGCGUCAUGUCUUUUUAUGUCGUCUGACUUUUUCCGUGUUUUGAUGUUUAUAUGAGGGGGAUUAACAGACCCACCACGGUUUUCCGACAUAAAUCAACAGGUCCUACGUUUUAGUGCAGGCUGCGCUCUGUUUACCUAUAACAGGGAAUGGGAGGAUCUCAGUGAGGUUUUUUUAAACCGUAACUAGAUUUUCUGAAAGCGGGUAUGGACCAUUUUUUUACUCCACAGAUGGGUCUUUCGGAGGUUAAAGCACGGGACCCACGCCGCUUCCGAUGAAGUGAGCAGCUCAGGUUUUUGUUCGGAGGAUUUGCGACAUGGGCUGAGCUCCUAGGAUGAGUAGCUUAUUUCUCUCCUGAAAGCUGUUGAAUUAUCCGAGGAUGGGCAGACGGAAAACGGAGACGGAUAAAACCCCAACUUCUCGGUUAUAGGCUACCGUUAAAUAUCCUCACCUUUGCACGCGAAAACCGCGCACUCACCGGCACAGUGCAACCCCGGAGCUUUUGAGCGCGACGGAUUAGAGUCGAGGCGUCUGCCAAAUUUCAAAUCACUAAAUUUGAGGUUUUUACAGUGGAGUUUGGUUGUAGUGUGAUAUCACUUAGCGAACAGAAGCAGCUUUUCUAGUACUACUACUGAUCUGCUUUUUGUCUAUAAAAAAUAGUUCCUUUAGGAUUUAGUACCUUCAUUUUAGAAUAAAUGACAAUGCGUCUUUGUGCGUCUGGUGUUAAAAUAUGCAGGCGCAUGUAUGAACAUUGUUAUAUAAUUACCAUAGCAGAAUAAAUGUAAAGUCAGCAGAUGUGGUUUUCUUUUUCCACAGAAAGUGGUUUUGACCAAAAUAACUUGUAGAACUGGAUCCUGGAUGUUUUUGUCGUUUAUGUUAUUCGAGGUUUUGGAGACUCUGGUGCUAAAUUUUAAACCACUUUACGCACAUAUUUCUUCAUGCUUUGAGACCUCGCUUUAGUUGCAGUAACUUGCACCACAGUGACUAUUAUUGUUUUGGCCGUUCAGAGAGUCUCUCUGUCCCCCCGUGUCCUCACCGGACAAUGUGGCUCCCCCGCCUCGCGCUGCUGCUGCUGCUGCUCCGCUUCUCCGGUGUGUUGCUGGUGGAGGGGUUCAACACGUGCCAGUCCAUCAACCUGGACAAGCAGAAGUCCCGGCGCAUCGAGGCGGUCCGCGGACAGAUCCUCAGCAAGCUUCGCAUCCGCAGCCCGCCGGACGAGGACGAGGACCCGCCUUCUGGCUCUGUGCCCCCGGAGGUCGUGCUGCUCUACAACAGUACGCGGGAGCUGCUGAAGGAGCGCGCGCGACUGGCCGAGUCCGCGUGCGAGCGCGAGAGCAGCGAGGAGGACUAUUAUGCCAAAGAGGUGCAGAGGAUUGACAUGCUGCCCCCCCGCAGUGAUACAAAUGCGGUUCAGCCAGUAGUUCCCGACCUCCACUACAGAGUCGUCCACUUCGACGUCAGCGGAGUGGACCUGACGAACAGCACCCUGGUCAAGGCUGAGUUCAGGAUCUUCAGAGCUCCUAACCCGCAGGCCCGGGCCUCCGAGCAGAGAGUGGAGAUCUAUCAGCUGCUGAGGCCAGAUGAAGAGAGCACCUCCACCCAACGUUAUAUUGACUCCCGCACCGUUCAGCCAAAGGCGAAGGGAGCCUGGAUCUCGGUUGAGGUCACCGAAACCAUCAAGGACUGGGUGUCAGAUCCAGAGAAUAAUCUUGGCCUGAAGUUGGGCGUCCACUGUCCCUGCUGCACCUUCGUCCCAUCCACCAACAACAUUGUUCCCAACAAAAGUGAGGAGCUGGAGGCUCUCUUUGCAGGUGUGGAUGAUGAGAAGCUUCGUCAGAUAAGAAAGCCCGGUCCGGUUAAAGGCCAGGCAGAUUACAGCACCAAGACGCCACACCUCAUCCUCACCGUGCUGCCCAGUGACAGAGUGGACAACCCGGCCAAGAAGAACCGUAAGAAGAGGGCGGCCGCCACAGACACCACAACCUGCUCCCGCGGCUCAGACCAGGGCUGCUGCCUGCGCUCGCUCUACAUAGACUUCAGGCGCGACCUCAACUGGAAGUGGAUCCAUGAGCCCAAGGGUUACAAAGCCAACUUCUGUGCCGGCAACUGUCCUUACAUCUGGAGUGCCAACAACCACUAUAACAUGAUCCUGCCUCUGUACAACAAGCUGAACCCUGAGGCCUCCGCCUCGCCCUGCUGUGUUCCUCAGGACCUGGAGCCCCUCACCAUUAUGUACUUCAUAGGCCGCACGCCACGCGUUGAGCAACUCUCCAACAUGGUCGUCAAAUCCUGCAAGUGCCGCUGAGUUCACAGGAAGAGGUGAGGGAGGCAAAGAGGAGAAUGAUGACAGGACCUACACACUGCUUCGUUCAGGGGGAAAAUACAGAUGAGAGGACAGAUGAAACGGUUGUUCAUUAACCUUCACCUUCAGCAGACUUUUGAGACGUUAUAUUUUUACGCUUCCUGACUCAUAUCAGGAUUUUGCUCUUUACAGUCAUGAAAUGUUUCUCUCUCUGGAACUUUCCGUUCGAUAUAGGACACUGUAAAUAUGACAUAGCUGUAUUAAACCUGUACUUGGAAAUUAAA